UACUCAUGCAACAUGUCCUAACUGUGACCGAUAAAGUCCUGCGUUAAAAAACAACAAACGAAAACUGGAAUAGGAUACCUUGAACUAUCUUAUGUUUUGUCUUCAACUGAUAACAGAGGAAAACUAGAGUAGCUUCCCUUGAUCUCUUUGUUGACUGUUGCUAAGAGACGCCAACAGACUUAAACAAUGCUUGUGCAAAUACAGCGCUAUUCUGGUUUUACUGCGAUCAAUAAACACCUCCUUGCGCAAUAGAUACACGACAUUACAACGUCUGGUGCUACUACAACGUCCACGUAGCAGAUAAUCGCAUCGUUGCCUGGUCAUGUUAAAUAUCACGCUUCACCCCACACGUGGCUUCAACUGAAACAUUAACCUUCAAGGUACCGAUUUAAAAAUCCCGUCCAGGGCUAUUAAUAAGCAUGCCAGUGCCCUAACCAUGAAUACACAUUUAUUUUUUUAUAAAUACUGUCAUGCCAUACCUAGAUAUACACCGGUCGACUCUAUGACCGUGUCAACAAACUAGCAGCGCCAACACUCGCGGGUGUACAUGACGACUGGGUAGACUACCCCGAAUAGACUACCCCGAACAGCGAGUUAUAAGAAUACGGGUGGAUUCGCCUUCCAUCGCCUCCAGGUCUCCACCCCAAUGUCCCUGUCGUCGAUCCUUCAGCAGUAUGACGUCUUCACCUCCACGAAGGAGACGAGCGUCAAGUACUGGACGGAACUGAUGAAACAGCACAAUGAUUUGGAGAAAAACGUCACCGUCGCCGACCUCAGGAAGUCGCUGCAGCUGCUGAAAACGGGCGUGGCUAGAGACGACUUCCCCGACGACGAGUCAGCGGCAGGCACGUUCUGUGAGGAGAUCCUCACCGACAUCAUUAAGAGGGUGAAGAGUCUUGACCCUGAGGCGACAGGAGAUGGGGAAGCAGGCCUGUUUUACUCCGACUGCCUCGACUUCGUCGUAGCUAUGCUGGAGACGGGCCCCGGGACGACGCACAUCUCCAUGAUCGACACUAUUCGGGGCUACUCUGAUGGGUACAGGAACUACUACCAUUGGGACACGACCCCCGAGACGCUGCGACCGGUCCUGAAGGCUCUCACCAGGGAGUUCACAUCCAGGGAACCAGGGUUCGACUACGACAUCUACAGCAGGUUUCUCCGCAGUAGCUUCAGCUACGUCGUCGACAAGAAGAGAGACCCUCGUUAUGUAGACACAGGGACGCAGCUCAGAAAAGAGUUAUACGUGGAGGCCCAGGAAGACUUCCUGGAGUUGUACAUGUUCCACGAGACUUCCUUCCUGUCACGUGACGAUGACGUCAUGGAUACGCAAAGGUUCCUCUCACAGAUGAUAUGCAGUGUUUAUGAAAACGGCAUCUUCCAUGGAAUAAAAAAUGUUGACGUCUUCCGACGUCAUCUGAGUCGACUUCAACAAGCAAUCGGUCAAGCAGACUUCCCGCAGAGCAGCAAGACACUGAAGAUUGUCAUGGACAUUCUCCACGACCUGCUUGCAGCUGUCAGAGAAGGUAACCUAUUUGUUCAACUGUCGAGUGACGUACUGUCAUUUCUGGUCAACAUGUGUAAGGAUAAGCAUGGUCGCCAAAUUCACCAUCUGGUCAAGGAGGUGGGGGUGUUGUACAACGGCGUCACUGACACAGUACUGAAGGGUAAUUCAAGCCUCUUCGAGACAAUGACUCCAGCGUUCGGACAGUUCCUUGACCAGCUGACUGACCACAGCUUCCUCGACGCCUUACUGGUCAAACCUGCCGUCUGCAACGUCAUCUGCGGCAGCAUGAACAACUCCAAGGAACACAUCGGUUUGCUGAUUAGCCUCCUGAAGUCCCUGGUAAAGAUACCCAAACGUCACUGUGCGGACACAGCUCAGACGGUGCUGACUGUCAAGGACAAGUUCCUGAAAUGGAAGCCCCAUGUGACCGAUGCACAGGAUGUCCUUGACCUUAUAACUGACGUCGAGAUAUCUGGUGACCCGGAUGACAACAAGGAGACACUGACCACCUUCUACGCCAGCGUCUUGUCUCAGUUCCUGGAACAGAUUAAACGUGACCGGGUCAUCAAAGAGCUGAAUGAACGCAUGGUUCACUAUUGCUUGAAGUGUCUUGCAUCAAGGUCAACGUUCAUGUUCAGGUUGGGGUCAGAGGUCGUAACAAGGGUGGAGUUCAAUAUCAAGAAAGAAAAGACGUUGAUGUUCCACUCCAUGAAGACGCUCCAGCCACUCCUUGAAGAUGCUGACUUCCGGUGGGACCUGCCCUCAGCGCGCAACAUUGCGCAGACCCUGGCUGCGCAGGCAAUGGACGCCAUUACAGAUGCUAAGAUCCUGUCUGAUGAGGAAAUUGGUAUUCUGAUGUCUUUGACGAUGUCCGCGACACAAAGAGAAUUCAUCAAUCCCGACAACAACUCUCCCGACACCGUCUUCUACGACCUAUACUCCACUGUUUGUACAAGGUUGUGUAAGAUGAUAGACAACCCGGGGACAGCAGCGAAAGCCUCCCAGUUGAUCUGCAGAAUAGUGACCUUCAUGGGCAACGAGUUUGAGCAGAUCCAGAGCCUUGCUAUCAGCCAUGUAGCCUCCAUAGCCUCUAAGGAGGCUAAGGCCCUAGCCCCGCACUUGGAGGCCAUGGUCAAGCUGUUCGUGGAUGAGGAGAACACAGACAUGCUGUUCCCCAUAACCAAAGUGUACCCGUCCAACCCAGAGCCCCUCGCGCCGCACUUUUCGACCUUCUUUGACCUCAUGGACAGUCGGGAUGAUGACGUGAGGGAGCUUGUCCUGUCACUGAUGAUAGACGUAGCCCAACGUCAACCACAGCUGUUCGAUGGUGACCACGUCGCAACUAUUAUCAAGGAGAUGAAGUCAGCUGACGAACCGGAACAAGCCAGCUAUCUGACAAUUCUCCUACAUUUGUCACAACAACGUCCAGACUUGAUCGUAGCGCACACUGAGACGUUGAUGCAGGCUGACGUACAUAAACAACACUGCCGACGACUGUUGGUGAACGUCCUCAAGAACGUUGCCGUUCAAACUUCAAUGGACAAAGCAGAACCAGUAAUGGAGUACUACACACAGUUAUUGUCCCGACCGGAAGACGGGGAGUUAUCUCCCCUAGUUUUGAACGCGAUGCGUGCAGUGGGAGCAUUUCAUCGACCCCUUCUGGACAACCGGAAGUCCUUCAUAGCUGACCUCCGCGACACUACCAAAGUACAGUCGGUCAAGGACACUUGUAUCUUCAUUCUGGAUAUACUGGAAGGAAGGAGCCUGGAGGCAUUGUCAGCCGAUAUGAAGGGCGUAAAACAGGAAGUGGGGCAACUCGAAGAAGAAGUGACGACAACAGGAGCCAAGGUCGACAAUGUCCAGAAUGACGUCACAAUGCAGAAGGAACGGGUAGAUCGUGCGGAGGUCCGUUUGGACUAUCAAAGGAGAGAACUCCAUGAAUUGGGGGAAACCGUUGAAGACACUGUGUCAAAAGUCGAAGAAAUCGACAAAAAGACAUUAAGCCACGCGCCAUUUUGGGCACGUGAUGUUUCUAAACUUUUGAAUCCUGAGAGCAAACACGAUUGGCGGUUGCUGAGUAGUCGCCUUGGUUACAGCAACGACGACAUCCGGGGAUGGGCACAGACGGCUGACCCGUGCCAGUCAAUGUUGAAUGAAUGGUACAGCACCAACAAGACCAGAGAUGCCACGUUCGGUGUUCUACAGACACUGCAAGAGAUGAACAGGACCGACGCGGCGGUCAUUGUGGAGAAUGCUAUGAAAAUGGCAGAAACAGUAGUAGAGGACGAACCACAGGACUAUAAAAGACCCCCCGGAUAUUUUCAUCAGCUACCAAUGGGGCAAGCAACCGGAAGUCCAGCUGUUACAGCGCCACCUCGCGUCAGCUGGAUACAGCUGUUGGCUGGAUAUUGGCCAGAUGGGAGGGGGAGACAAGCUGUUUGAGAAGAUUGACCGCGGUAUACGAGCAGCAACUGUGGUCCUCUGCUGUGUGACGGACAAGUAUGCCGGCAGCCCGAACUGCAACCGUGAGGUGAACCUUGCGGUCACACUGGGCAAGCCGAUAAUUCCUCUCCUCCUGGAGAAGUGCACAUGGCCACCUGCCGGGUCCAUGGGGCCGAUCUUCAGCGAGUACCUCUUCAUCAGGUUUUUCUCCAGGCCGGGGGGAGGAAGUAGAGACUGGUGCAUUCUGGUCCAAGGCCAAGUUCCGGGAACUCCUCCUACAGCUUAGUUACAACAAGGUGGAAGUCAGUCUACAGGUUGAACCAG